UAAAGUAUUUGUGAAAUAUUUUUGCUACCUUGUAUGACUUAUUCUAAAUCUAAUCAUAUAAACUGAUACUGAGGUAACCAUUUUACACCGUAAUCUGUACAGUACUCUCACUUCUUACAGAUCAUGCUGGUUAAGGUGAAACUUGGGGAUGCCCAAAAAUUUGUCAAGAUAACUGAGCUGAGCCUGGAGGAAUUUCUAUCUGCUGCAUUUUUAAAGUUUGGUGUCCCAGCUGUACCAGAGAAUGUGAAGGUUUUUGAUGAGUCAGGGACUGAGGUGGAUGGUGAUGUUUUUGAGGAUGUAGUCAGAGAUCCCUCAGUUGGAGUUCUUACCAUAAAACAUGGUGCAGACUUGGAUUCUGCUUCUCCACAAGCCUCUCAUGAGCAGUCAAAUCUGUCCCGUACUCCAUCCGUGGACUCCAGUGACUCACAGGACACAGUCAUUAUUGAAGAAACUUCCUCAAGUAAACGAAUGAGGCUAGACGAAGAAGCUAAAAAGUUGGUGGAAACCAUUCUUGUCCAGAAACCUGGUGGGGAGUGUAUAAUAACGGAGUACAACCGAACUAAGUCUUUGGGGGAUGAAACAAGGAGGAAAAUGGUUAAUAUCUUGGCAGCUCACAUGACAGAAAAGAAUGGUACGUCACCAACAAGGCAGGUGAAAGAAAAAUAUGCAAGAGGAAUUGUGGCUUUGUUCCCGUACCUCAGUGACCCCUUUUCCAAAAAUGGCUACGAACAUUACUAUGAUGGCGAAAGCGGUACUGGGUACUUGGCAUGGAGAAUCAAAACUAUACAGAGAGGCUUAGCUAAAGAUCGACGUGCAUCAUUUGAAGGAACGUCUACUGAAGGGGGGUCUGGUGGACCAACUGUUAGACGGCAGUCAGAGUUUAAUUCAGAGACCAUCUUGAGUGAGGAUGAAUGCAAGAAAGCAAUUGCAUUCAUGAGCCAUUCUUCUGAUGAGGACGCCAUCAAGAAGAAAAUGAAAUUGACAUUCGACUAUCGCCGCAACAUGGUUCUUGACCCCAUGCAGUCAAGUGAUAUAUUGACGGUCUUUCCACGAUUCAAAGACAUUAAAGGCUUGAUUGAGCAAGACUUUGUUCUGAUGUUUGGAGAAGGAGUGUCAGGAAAGCUACUGGAGAACUGGACCACUGCAUUCAAGAAAAAAGUGAUUCAGCAGUGCAAAAAGCUUCCCAGCACCAGUGAUUUGGAAGAACUUCUACUAGCAGCUGAAUCUCCUACUGGUGACUCAGAAGAGGGUGCUAAUUUUGUUUGGGACAGUGAACUCGCUUCAAUUAUACUUCUGUUGCAUCUGAUCCCACCUUCUGCCCAAGGCCGGAAAAGACCAGGAAAGGUAUCUGCCUCUCAAGCAGAGAAACACCUUGUUGUCUUUAAGAAGAGUGGAACAAACAUUGAGGAGCAUCUUCGAGAAAUUGCAGCUAUUGCUCAGCCCUACCUCCUGGCCGUGGGACCUCAGAAGAGUUCAAUUCACCAGUACUUCAUCAUUCUUGAUCAGCAUGCCAUUCCAUGCAAGUCAGCCUCUUCUCUUGGUGCUUUUGACGAGCUGUUUAAGACCACUGUGUACAACAUAGAUGUUGGCAAAGUGAAAGAGAGUCCUCGUGUUGCUGAGCUCACCCCAGUGUCCCCCGUCCACACAUACACACCGAGUGCUGCUGUCAGGGUGCAGGACCGGGCUGUCACCGCUAAAGGCUGCCAGCAGCUGAAAGGAGCUGUGCGUGAGGGGCUGGGGUAA